AUGGAGGGUCAAGAAGGUCCAGUAAUGGAAUGCAGCUUUGCUCCAGAAUUCCGUAAUCGUACCAGAUACGAACCAAGCUGGACGGUUGUAGCUAGCGAUUUGCCUAGACACUUGACGCGUAAUGGGGUUUCAUUUGCUAGACAGCACUACGAGUUAUUGCAAACAAAUGGCGCAUAUAAUUUACAAAUCCGAAAUGUCGUUUUCCUUCGCGAUAACGGGCGAUUUUAUUGUACUGUCUUGGAUAAAGAGUCUGGGGCACAGUAUACUGUACAAGCAAAUAUCGUUGUUGUUGGUUUGUUUCAUAAAUUUUCAAAAAUUGUUGUCAAUAACGUAUCAUGA